AUGCCGGCUGCAUCUCCAGAACGCAUGGAUUCGGCCGUCGACAUCUCUCCGACUUCAUCAGAAGAUUCCAGCCUGUCUGACUGGCCAUUUGGCGACCCUGAUGACGAUGCAGACACUUCAGAGGUCGCAUUUACAGUAGCUCCUCAGGAACCAUCCAAGAGUUCUGUUUGUCCUUUCAAAGCCCCGACGAGCAAAGGCUCGGUACUGCCUCCAUUAAAAUCUAGCAAUGUCUUUUCAGAAUCAGCAAAAGCAGCCCUCGCCUGGGCACCGAAGACCUGGAGGCGGGAUCUCAAACCCAUGCUUCGGUAUGUAGUUGUGGAGCCUGAUGAAACAACCCGGGUCAAAUACUUGACCUGGGAUCAGUCGGGUGGCGAAGGCCUCGGGCCCCGUACCACAGGCGACUUCUUCAGCGAGGACGACUACGAUCAAUCCGAACCUCUGUUGCUCAAAGCUGGCGACUGGAAUCACGCAACCAUCUGCUUCUUUAAAAGCUACCAAGAUGAUGAGUGGGAGAUAUUGCACACGGUGUCUGGGUACGAGAGCAUAAAACUCCCCACAUUAAGUGGAAAGGCGAUCUGGACAGAGAAACCGAGUGUCGAAUGGGUCGGUUUGGAGUUCUGCGACACUAUUUUAAACGGAACUUUUGGAGUCGGUCAAAAUUCUCACCGUGGCAGAUUACGUGUUGUCACGCAUGAAGCAUUUGAAGAUAGCGACUUGGAAAUGGUCAUGAAGAUUUGGCCAUCGCCCAUGAGUAGUAAGCUCGGACUAGAGAAUGAGAUGAUGGCAUACAAAGCUUGUGAUGGCUGGGACAUUACGCCCGAGUUUGUCGGCUAUGUCACAGAGCAGGGCAGAGUCAUCGGAAUGUUGACUAAGUACCUUGAAGUCGCGCACAAGCCGGAGAAUGAUGAGGAGAAGGAGCUGUGCCGCACAGCUCUGCACAAUUUCCAGGCAAUGACUGGAUGGCAGCGCAGGCCCAAGGCCAGCCACAAAGGCAAUUAUCUCAUUGACAACGGCAAGGUCUUCCUCAUCGACCUCGCCAAUGUGUACCCACCUGAGGAGGUUGCCAAGAAAGAUAAUGACUGGACGCAGAAAAUUCUGCAUGAGGAUUUUGACGCGUACUAG